UCGUGUUCCGAGAACUGAUCAGCAGAAUAUGUAAACAAGAAUUUAUAUUCAAUACGUGUUGCAUUUUAAAAAAUAUAACUGUUUACAACCCAUUUUGUGAUAUUUAACAAACAUAACAAGGAAUGAAACAAGUUGAAUGUGGAAUUUCCGCUGAGAAAAAAAGAAAACAGCCUACUCGAUAGUUGAAUGGACAACUCACAAUAUGCACUCAAAUCAAUCACUGGAACCGAUCUACUAUGGCGUAUUCGCACCCUUGGAAAACCGAUCCGCCGACCAACAACCAACCGUCUUCACCGACAAAACGGAAGCCCUACAGGCGGCGAAACAGUGUAAAAAAAGCCGCUUCAAAGCCUUCCGAUUCUACCACGAAGCCGCCGAAUUCGCUCUCAACGGACCCGAGUGCCCCGAAACCGAUCCCAAAUCGCCCGAAUGCAGUCUAGUGGGCGAGAAGGCGAGCGCCUUCAGGGCCCCCAAGCCCCAGGAGUUGGUCGAGCUGCGCAAGGCCAUCGAAAACGGCGAUUUGGAAUGGGUCAUGGAAGCCGUGUGGCGCAACCCGAGGUACUUAGUCAGCAGCGGAGAUACACCGUCUAUAUUAAAGGAAGGCGCCCGUUACAACGCCCUGCACGUGGCGGCCCUAUCGAAGAACGCCCCCAUCGCCCAAUUCGUCCUCGACACCGUCGCCGAUCCGACGUUCAUCCGGCUGUUGUACGGCGACGACGGCCGUCACGACGACUCAUUGAUCCUCUCCAGAUCGGCCAUGUUACUCGAUCUCUACCUGAACACCCCUAACAAGGGACUGAACGAGACGCCGCUGCAUUUCGCCGCCAAGCACGGCGCCGCUGACGUCGUCGAGGUGCUCGUAUCGUACGCGCAAUGCGACAAAACGGCAAGGAAUAAGUUCAUGAAGACCGCGGAACAGAUUAAUUGCGAAAGAGCCGAAGGAGAUGACCUGGCUUCUAUUAAAAAGAGGAUAGAGCGUUUAUUGCAUGACACUUACUACGUACCGGUACUGCGAGCUGUGGACGACAGCGAGCCCGCCGUUAUCGGGGAACCUUUUCUAACAACCAGUCGACCGCCGCCCAACAGGGACAUCCUCAGUCCGAGGCUGGAGAUCCACGCGUACGCCGGCCCGAUGGAGGCGUCCGAAGCCCAACGGUUCAAGAAAUCGUGGAAGACGCCGCCCCGAUCGAUCGAUUUCCAACAGCGAUCGGCGACGAAUCCGCGCACGUUGCGCUACACCGAUCCGAAGAAGGGGCUGGAGCGCGUGGGGAAGCGACUAGCCGACGCGUUCCGCGUCACCUGGAAGGAGUACUGGGAGUUUCUGGAUUGUUUCGUCGACAUCGCCUCCGACGAGGGGCUGAGGUCGUUGGAGGAUUACCUGUGGAAUAGGAGCGUCGGAAAUGGAGGAAGGGAGGAGGGAUUGAAAUCGUGCGGGAAGUUCGACGGGCUGUCGAUUUGCGAUGAGGAUUCGGAAGUGCAGUCGUCACGGAGCAGCCGAUUCAAGAGCGAUCGCUCGAAAAAAGACAGUACCAGAGACGCGGAUCCGGAGCUAAAGGGCGAGGAGGACGAUGGAAAACCAAAGAAAAACACCGUCGUCUCUCCCAUAUCGAGUUUGUGCGCCGCUUUUACAGCUUGUAGAUUGGAAGACGACGAUUCUGCGGCCGAUGCUAACGAAAAUUGCGUUAAACUUGCAGACAGCCGCCUGGGCGAGGAUUAUUCGGAGACGCAGGCUCUCCUUCACGUCGACAAAGCCUGCCAGGUGUUCGCCAAUCGCAUCUCCAACGACAUCCAGCACGCGUUCCGCGACGGCCGCGAUCCGCGCUCGGAGCGCCACCUCGCCGAAGGCCUCGCCAAAACGCUGGAGGCCCAUCUGGCGCAGCUCGAGGCGACGGUGACCAGUUACGCCGUCGACGAGCGCUUCGCCGCCGUCGAUUUCCGCAAGAUGCACGCCCGCCUGGGGCGCUGCAUCGCCCGCAAGGUGUUCGAGCGGCCGCUCGACAAUCUCGACGCCUUCCUGCGCAUGAGCCUGGCGUUUCUGUCGACCGACGAGGGGCGAUCGAAGGUGACGAAGAAGCGCGAGCUGACGUGCCUGCUGGGGUACGUGGUGGGGAAGAAGCGGUUGGAGGACGGGGAGAGGUGUUGGAAGGACGAGGAGGGUUGUUCGUGCGUGUUUCGAUCGAGGCGGUGGAAGAAGAAUAGCUUUUCGAAGGGCGGGGGUGGUUUCAGGAGCGGCGGGAGAUCGUUUGAGGAUGAAGGUGGGGUCGGUAUUAGGGGUGCUUUGGAUUUUGCCGAUUGCGUUCGGAAUGGUUUCGACAAAUCUUUAGCGAGUAAUCGAUUAGAAUUGAGAGAUUUAGACGAGGACGAUGACAAAUUUUACACGCCGCCUGAAAGUCCGAGUUUUCUUGACGAUGAAGAUUCCGAAGAUGAAUUCGUAGACUCGAUUUUACCAAAACAAGACGUAUUUAUACACGGUAACAACCCUUCGAAGACGGAUUGCGACGUUUUCAAUGCUUUGUGUUACUCCGAAGUCGAAUUAGAUUGUAAGAAAUACCCGUACGUGUACAGUUGGUUUCACAUGGUUAGUUUAUAUACGAAAGAGGAAAGAGAAAGUUGGGUGCCCAGGAAAAACGUCGCUAAGCAAUCGCCAUCGGAUAUUCAAAACGUUUCGUUUCGUUUGGAUCCGGCGAAAACGAGCACUCCAUCCAAAUCGUGGUUGAGAAUCACGGGGGAGAAUUCGCCGGUUCGAAAGAGGCCUUUGAAAUCGAAGAGUUUGAUAUUUUAACGAAUAAACAUCGCCCUGUCUAUUUUUUAACGUAUUUUUAACUGAAUUGCCUUCUAGUUGAAAUGUUGUUAAAUGUACUCGGUAAUAUUAAAGUUAAGUUUUCGUUACUUGUUGAUCGAAUAUUCGAGAGUAAGAAUAAAUUUCUAUAUACAGGGUGUGUCGCGUAGAUAUGCCGAUAAAAACGAUAUUUUUAAUUACUUUGGCAUUAUUUCUAUUUUUUUGCAAGGAGAGCAUUCUUAUUUCUCUUGAUAAACCAAUCCUGCGCCUCUGGAAGGUUUUUUUAGCAUAUUAACGCAACUCCCUGUCUAAAUAAUAUUUUAAAUUAAUAAACUAUUAACACUUUCACUGCCGUUUUGUACAAAUUGUGUUCAUUUCGAACAGUUCACAAAAAAAUAUUGUGGCAGUGAAGGUGUUGAAGAAACAAUCUGAUAAUAAUUGACUUGUGUUUAGAAUUUUUUACAAUUUGCUUUCGCUUAGGAUUAACUUUUGUACGGUUAAAAAUGAUGUACACUAUUCUGUAAAUUCGUUCGUUUGUAUUUCAAAUGUAUAUUUUUUGUACUCG